AUGUCGGCGGCCAUAAUAUUGUUAACAGCACUUCUGAGUUCCACGAUCAUGGGAAGUCCACCUUCGCCAGGAUCGAAUGCGAGCAAUUUGUUGGACGCAAAAUGUGGGCAAACGUGGCUGCCAAACGUUGAAUAUGUGGCGUGCGUUUUCAACCAGGAAUCAAAUUUUCGAAUAGCUUGCUCUCUGAACCUUACUAAAGGUAAUGGACAACCGGAGCAAGAAAGAACAGCUGGACUUAAUUUUACCGCAGAACGCCGCCAGAAUUGA